AUGGGAAAUACCAACAUCGUUGCACGACCCAGUAGAGAUGCGGCAGAGUUGAGCAAAGCUGAGUCUGCUGCGGGCACGCCCAUCUUAGAGGAGAAGAUUCGGAAGUACAGACCCGAGGCGGUUUGUAUUGUUGGCAAGGGCAUCUGGGAGAGUAUCUGGAGGUGGAGGUAUGGUCGUGGGAUCAAGAAAGAAGAAUGCCACUAUGGCUGGCAAGAUGAUGGGGAAAGAAUGGGGAAGGAUGACGACUGGGAAGGUGCGAGAGUUUUCGUCGCAACAGCCACUAGCGGUCUGGCGGCAAAUCUGAAGCCUCCUGAGAAAGAGGCCAUCUGGAAACCUUUUGGAGAUUGGGUCAAGGAGCGAAGGAAAGCAAGAAACUCGACCGUGGAAAGCUAG